CACCAUCGGAAACAAGCUGCCGAGAUGUCGCUGUAUUUGCGUGCCUUAAAGCCUCGCUCUUCCCAAUGGCGGCGCCUUUUAGCUACCAGUGCGCGCGCUCUACCUACCACGCCCACACCCGCUUUUCCGGACGAAUACGCGCAUGCCGAGAUCGUGACGGACCAAGUGCCCGGCCCAAAGUCGCAGCAGCAGUUGAAGCGCCUCGCUGCGCUGCAGAAUACGGGCGCCAUCAAUUUCUUCGCGGACUAUGCGGCGAGCAAGGGCAACUACCUGGUAGAUGUGGACGGAAAUCGCUUCCUGGACGUGUACGGUCAGAUCGCAUCGCUGCCCAUCGGCUAUAACCACCCCAAGAUCCUCGAAGCCAUGAGCAAUAAGGAGAACCUAGCUAUGCUGGCACAGCGACCAUGCCUCGGCGUGUUUCCUCCCUCUGACUGGGUUGACCGCAUCGACGACACGUUACUCAAAGUUGCGCCAAAGGGACUCAAGGAUGUCAACACACUCAUGUGUGGCUCGUGCUCCAAUGAGAACGCGUACAAGGCGGUGUUCAUGUGGUUUCAGACCAAAAUGAGAGGCGGUCGCCCGCCUUCCGAUCACGAACUCGAGACAUGUAUGACGCACCAGCUGCCGGGCACGCCCAAUUUGAGUAUUCUGUCCUUCCAAGGAGGAUUCCAUGGCCGGUUGCUUGGUUGUCUGUCGACAACCCACUCGAAAGCAAUUCACAAGGUGGAUGUACCGGCAUUUGACUGGCCCGUUGCGCCGUUCCCGAAGCUGAGGUACCCGCUGGAUGUCUACCAGGCUGCUAACGAAGGUGAAGAAGCACGCUGCCUGGACGUGGUUGAGAUACUACUGAAGAACAGUGCCGAGCUGACCAAGCCUGAGGACACUCGUAUUGCCGGCAUGAUUAUUGAGCCAAUUCAAGCGGAGGGAGGAGACAACCAUGCGAGCCCCGCAUUCUUCCGUGAACUACGCAACCUGGCUGCCAAGUAUAGUGUGGCAUUCAUCGUGGAUGAGGUCCAGACUGGAGGAGGCAGCACGGGCAACUUUUGGGCGCACGAACACUGGAACCUUGAGAACCCACCUGACCUCGUCACGUUCAGCAAGAAGAUGCAAACAGGCGGAUACUUCGCCAAAGAAGAGUUCCGUCUCAAGGAGGGCUACCGCAUCUUUAACACGUGGAUGGGAGACCCCACCAAAAUGAUCACGCUAAAGGCAGUGCUUGAUGUGGUCGAGAACGACAGCUUGCUAGAAAAUGUUAGCAUCACAGGCGACUAUCUGAAGACGGGAUUACACGAGAUUGCGGCCAAAUUCCCUGCACUUGUGUCUAAUGUGCGUGGUCAAGGCACGUACUUGGCCAUAGAUUUCCCGACGGAAAGUGUUCGCAACGAUUUUGUUGGCCUGAUGAAGAUGAAAGGUGUCGCCUCGGGGGGCUGUGGAACUAAUUCAGUGCGCUUCCGACCGGCCCUGGUAUUCCAGCCGAAGCACGCUGCUGAAUACUUGGCCAAGAUGCAGGAGGUCUGUGGAAUUCUCAGCAAAUAA